ACAAAAAGGGGGGGGGGAAACGUUCAGUUUUUUUUACGGCAUGCGCGUGGUGUUGAGCUAAGCUAGUUGAGGUUAGCUAUUGACUAACCGUCACUAACGUCGGUUUGCUGUUUUGGAGUUUGUUGAAAUUGUGUCUCACCAGUGACAACAGUGUACAUUAGAACAAAACCACUAGAACUUCACCAGCAUUGGCUUGCUGACGUUACGGUUGAAUGUGAAACGUUUUAGGCGGUUGGGAUAACGUCAGCCCCGCCUCGGCUGUGUGGAUGUUAACGCGGUAAACCUGUGCUACUGCCAUCGCCGGGAGUGUAAGACAAAUCGGCAAGAUAUACUGAAAUAAAACGGAUUUCCCACUGCAUCUGCUCUCAGCAAGAUCAGGGCAGGCUCUGUCAUCGUCCGUGAACCUCAAAAUACAACAGACACAAUAACAUUCAGUGCUCAAACGUCUGUGUUGAUGAGAGGUGACAAAUCAUGGGAAGCUGGAAUUCAUGAAAUUGCCAAAAUGUCUUCAGUCCAAGGACUCCCUACACAUGGGUCAGAUGUAACAAUUCUCAUAACCAGGUUUCACUUGCAUCCCCAUUGUGCGCUUGUGGAGUUUUGGGGAACAUUUUGCCAGGAGAGGACAGCAGAUUAUGAGUGCCUUGCCAAAGACAUUCAGUCGCCUGGAAAAACAUUUCAAGAGUUUGAAGGAAAUCCUGGUGAUCAGUGCUUGGUUCAGAUUGAUGGUACUUGGUACAGGUCCCGCAUAGUCUCAACAAAUGGCUCGAAAUACAGUGUGUUCCUUAUCGACAAAGGAAAGACAUGGAGCACCACCACAAGUAAGCUUGCCUGGGGUAACAAGAAGCACUUCCACCUGCCACCCGAAGUGGAAUUUUGUGUGCUAGCUAAUGUGUUGCCAGUCUCGCCUGAGAACAGAUGGUCUCCUAUGGCUCUCGAAUUUCUGAAAUCUCUCUCCGGGAAGUCUGUGAAGGCACAUGUGCAAGAUGUACUGGUGGCGCACAGAACACUUCUCCUGCACAUCCCUUGCAUAUCCAAACAAAUGUAUGAGAUGGGAAUUGCCAGGAAGCUGUCUCCAGAUGUGUUUCAUGACUUUGUUCUUAGGUCGCUGCAGUCCAACAGUGGGGCUGAAGUGGCUCCAGAGACUUGGAUCUCCGCUGGAGCAGGUGAGCGACUUCACAAGAAAGAGGUCUUCAUGUACCCUGAGCUGCCAGCAGGAACUGUGGAGACCGUCAUAGUCACAGAAGUGACAAAUCCUCAGCGGAUCUUUUGUCAGUUGAAGGUCUUUUCGCUGGAGUUGAAGAAACUCUCAGGGCUAAUCACACAGUGCUGUGAGGGCAGAAUAACCAAUUGCAUUGUAAGUCCCGAAAUGAUUGGUUCUCCGUGUGCUGCAAGAGGAAGUGAUGGCAGGUGGUACCGCUCUGUUCUACAGCAGGUAUUCCCAACCAACAAUGUGGUGGAAGUGUUGCACGUUGACUAUGGAACAAAAGCGCUUGUUCAAGUGGAGAGUGUAAGACCACUGGCUGCAGAGUUCUUCAGGAUGCCCGUUGUGACUUAUGUCUGUUCCCUCCAUGGAAUCCUUGACAAAGGGGUUGGAUGGACUGCCAGCCAGAUUGACCAUCUCAGGGCCCUUCUCCUGCAGAAGACAGUGAUUGCCAAAUUUGAGUACCAAAGCAUCUUUGAGGGCGUUCACUAUGUCACUCUUUAUGGGGAUGAAAACACAAACAUUAACCGCUUGUUUGGUUCCAAGGAGAGCUGUUUACUGGAGAGUAAAAAAACACAUGGAGAUUAUGCCAUCUGUAACACUGCAUACAGCCAACAGCGUUCGCCUCAGCCGGAGAGUGAAAAAACACUUGGAGAUUAUGCCAUCCAUCGCACUGCAUACAGCCAUCAGCAUCCAGCUCAGCAAGAAGGAAAUCAAAGAAAGGUGCUAACUCCUGGAAAGGAUGCAGAGGAAAAAGAAGGGAAAGGCAUAGUAGGAAAGUUGCCAGCUGAAGACCUUGCUCUCAGUUCAUCGCAUGUGGCAGUUGUUCCGCACGUAUCUGACCCAUCACAGUUUUGGAUCCAAACACAGAACUAUGCAAAUGAGUUGGAUCAACUGAUGGAUAGCAUGUACCAUCUAUACAAAGAUUCAUUUACUACAAAUCUGGUGAGAAAUCCAACUGUUGGGCUCUACUGUGCUGCCAAGGCAGCCGAUGGUGAGUUCUAUAGAGCAACUGUGGUUGAAGUUGGUGAGACAAAAGUCAAGGUGUUCUUUGUUGAUUAUGGAAACACUGAAGUGGUUGACAGGAGUGACGUCAAGACCCUCUUUGACGAGUUCAAAAAGCUGCCAUCUCUUGCACUGAAAUGCACCCUGGCUGGUGUCAGGCCGAAAGAUGGCAGAUGGAAUCAAAGUGCCUGCGAGUUUUUCAUCAAAGCCGUUACUGAUAAAGAACUAACUGUACACGUGAUGGCAAAAGACAACAAAGGCUAUGUUGUCCAACUAACAGACCCUCAAGCUCAGGGAGAAAAAGAUCUUAGUACGCUGAUGUGUAGUUCUAGCCUUGCUGAAAGGGCUGAAACACAGAGACAACCCAUAGCUCAAAUGACCACGCAACCUGCUAUUCCACCACAACUCCCAGAUGCCAGGCUUUUAGGUGUACACAGGAACAAACUAAUGCCUUUACAAGCCCUAAACACAGUUGGCCCUGCCAGUACUGAACAAAUUCCUAUAUACAAGCAGCACAUGUUUCCCAUCGGAAGCGUCCUUGAUGUCUGUGUGUCCCACGUCAAAAGCCCAAAUGACUUCUGGUGCCAACUAGUACAAAAUGCAGGGCGCUUGAAAUUACUCAUGCAAGACAUACAGGCUCAUUAUGCAGGCACUGAGUUUCAGCCCCUUUUGGAAAACGCUUGUGUUGCUCGCCACCCUGACAAUGGUAUGUGGUACAGGGCCCUUGUUAUUCAGAAACGCAAAACGCCUGAUGCGGAUGUGUUGUUUGUUGACUACGGCCAGACGGAGACAGUCGCCAUCUCUGACCUGAGGAGGAUCAGCCCACAAUUCCUCGCUCUGCAUGCCCAAUCUCUUCGUUGCAGUCUCUUAAACCCUGUUGACCCCACGUCUGCCAUACAUGAGUGGAAUGAAGAAGCAAUAGCAAAGUUCCAGAGCUUUGUGGAAAUGGCGGCAUCCAACUUGGUGAGUUUAAAGUGCACCAUAUAUGCUGUCAUGUACAGUGAGCAGAAGAUUGUUUUCAACAUUGUGGAUCUAGAAACUCCCUUCGAGAGUAUCUGCACCACUAUGGCCAAUCUAUUCAAAAGUGCACCUCCCAAGAAAGCUGCUGGGCCAUCUUUCCGUCUGGACACAUACUAUUUCUCAACACACAACGUCAAAGUUGGAACCGAGGAACCAGUCACAGUGACAUGUGUGAACACGGUUAGUCAGUUCUACUGCCAGCUCGAGAGGAAUGCUGAUGUGAUAAAAGAUCUAAAUAUCAAAGUGAGAAAUCUCUGUCAUCAGCUUCAAAAUGUAAAGCUCCCGACAGUCUUUGGCACUUUGUGCUUUGCAAAGUACACUGAUGGGAAGUGGUACCGGGGACAGAUCAAGGCCACAAAGCCAGCGAUUCUGGUUCACUUUGUGGAUUAUGGUGACACCCUUGAGGUGCAAAAAUCUGACUUGCUUCCAGUUCCCAGAGAAGCUAAUGAUAUCAUGUCUGUGCCUGUGCAAGCAGUUGUGUGUAGUCUCUCUGAUGUCCCUGCCAAUGUUCCCAGGGAAGCGAACAGCUGGUUUGAGACGAGUUCUACAGAAGGUACAUUUCGAGCACUAAUAGUGGCCCGAGAACCUGAUGGGAAACUGCUGGUUGAACUCUAUCAGGGAAACACUCAGGUUAAUUCAAAGAUCAAAAAGUUGUUUGGGAUAGAGAUGCACACCGAAGACAAGGUUGUCCACCAUGGUUGGAGAGCACUUGAGGCUCCAGCAAAUCAUACACAACAGACUCCAAAAGUUGUCCCACAGCAAACUAAAGAAAUGGAAGAUCACCCUAUCAAGAAAAACGUCUGCGCCCCAAAAGCAGCGCGUCGAAUGAGGAAUGCCGACAUGAAUCUGCAGUCAGCCCCAAAGCCUUUACGCAACGCUCCGUUGGAGCUUUACAAACCUCCACACCAAAGGCAGUCAUGUAGAGCGACACCAAUUAAUACAGGAAAUGGUUCUACGCUGACCGGUGCCUUUAUCUCACCAGGAAAAGAGAGUCUUUCUACACAAACAAAACCGCUCAUCAAGUCCAAAUCACCUGGCACAGAGUCCCACACGGAAAGCAAUGCUGAAAAAUUCCCUAAACUUGCAGACCUGCCAUCAAAAUCUAUCACAUCGGAUAUGGAAGCAGAGGUUUAUGUCUCGCACUGCAACAGCCCUUUGAGUUUUUAUGUGCAACUUGUCAGAGAGGAGGAUGAAAUAUUCUCCCUUGUGGAAACUCUAAAUGAUCCCGAAUCCACCCCACAAACCAACGACGUCAAAGACUUGCGACCCGGUGACCUUGUUCAAGCGGAGUUUGCAGAUGAUUCCUCUUGGUACCGAGCGGUUGUCAAAGAGAUCCACGGCAAAACAAUGGUUCUCGUCGAGUUUGUGGAUUUCGGAAAUACGGCAGAGAUGCCAAUUUCCAAGAUAGGCCGACUCCAAAAGACUUUCUUGCAACUUCCCAUGUACAGCACACACUGUAUGCUGAGCGAGGCUGCAGGUCUUGGAAAAGAGCAAUUGCUUGACCCAGAAGUGGUGUCAGCUUUCAAAGAAGACCUCGGCGUUGGGGGAGAAAAGGUGCUCAAAUGCCAGUUUAUCAGGCAGUCAGGAUCUGUGUGGGAAGUCAGUCUUGAAGACGGUGGUGAGACUGUCAAGUGUAAGGCACCUACUAAAUGCUCAACUAAUGGUUUUGAAACUGCCCCAGAAAAAUUUGAACAAGUUGAGGAAAAACCUGGCCAGAACUCUGACACCAGGAAUGUGCCAGAGAACUCAGAGAAAUUGUUGCAUAACCCUUGCUCUGUGUGUUACCACCAACAAGAGUUUUUGGUGGGACAGAAGUUGGAGGUCUACAUCACAGCUAUAAAUGAUUAUCAGACCUUUUGGUGUCAGCCUGCGCACUCUGAAGAGCUUGAACAGAUAACUUCAAGUGUCUCAGAAGUGGGAGAUGAAGCCGAUCACAAACCUAUUGACCCAGGCUCGCUCUCCCCCGGCAGCCCAUGCAUUGCUCUCUUUUCAGACGACGAUUUUUGGUACCGUGCAGAGGUCAUCGACAAAGAUGGAGAUGAGCUGUCUGUUCUCUUUGUAGACUAUGGAAACAAGUCCCAAGUCAACGUUACAAAUGUGAGAGAAAUGCCCCCUGGCCUGAUGGAAAGUCCUCAACAGGCAUUUUUGUGCGAGCUUGAAAACUUUGAUGCGUCACAUGGAUCCUGGGACAGUGGAGUGGUAGAUGAGUUGUCAGCGCUCACAGCAGACAAAGCGUUACAGCUGACUGUCACCAGAGUCUCAAGAGCAGAAGGAAACUUCAAAUGCCUUGUGCUGAUGGAAUGUGAGGGCCAGGUUCUAAAUGAAGCACUGAAAACCUGGUGGAAGAGCUCCACGAGGGAAAACGAACCUGGUGCAGUUGGACCGACCACUUCGUACGAAACGCCACGGCAGCGUGACUCAACAGUGGCAGAGACUGCACCAUCCGAGGAUGCCCUCGAGUGUCCCGAAGGCCAAGACAUGGAUACCGCUGAUGCUUGCAUUCACCCUCAGAGAGACAACAGUGAAGAGCGGAGCACUGCUGAGUUUGCGGACACCCACGCAGGUGUUUUGCCAUGUGAUAGUGGCAUAGAUGAAGCCAUGUUUCCUCCACUUACUGACAAAGGUGACCAAAGUGUUUUGAUCUCGGGCUGUGACAAGAGUGCAGUGGAAACUGAAAGAGGCACCGAAGAGGAGGGCUUUUCACUGAUGGACAUAAUAGGGCCAGAUGACUUGAGUUCUCCAUUCGAUGAGUCUCUGCUUGGGGAGGUUAAUACCUCCAGCAUGGAAAGCAGCUUUGACGUCAUACAUUUUUCUGAUCUGACUGAGGAAAGAGAUGACAGCGUGGUUACCUUAGCAAGGGAUACAUAUUUUACCAGUACAACAGUGAAAAUGGUUUCCCGUGAAGCUCUUCGUCGCAGGGAGAACAUUGAUCUGCCUGAGACCCAUGGUAACAUUUCUGACGACUUGCAUCAGAAUCAGACAGAAUUGGUGCUGCCUUCCUGUGUGCUUCCUGCGUUGGAUGCUCCUACAGAGCAGGAAAUUGACAGUGGAGAUGAUGUCCCAAAGGAAGAGCUGCCAUGUGUUACCACACAUGCUGAGAAUGACUUGAUGACUGGAGAGGAGACCUUGGCUCAUCGCCAGGAUACAUAUUCAGCCCUGCUAGCUGACUCUGACACAGCAGAGAGUGAGCCGCAGACCUGCACGGCUCCCUCUCAAGAUUCGGGAGACGGGGUUGAAGAGGUCCCGUGUUCUGUUGAAGUAGUAGUCAGGUGUUCUGUUGAAGAAGAGGUCCCGUGUGCAGUUGAAGAAGAGGUCCUGUGUGCAGUUGAAGUAGAUGUCCCGUGUGAUGUUGAAGAAGAGGUCCCGUGUUCUGUUGAAGUAGUAGUCAGGUGUUCUGUUGAAGAAGAGGUCCUGUGUGCAGUUGAAGUAGAUGUCCCGUGUGAUGUUGAAGAAGCGGUGACCUGUUCUGUUGAAGCAGUGACUUCUUCUGUUGAAGGAGAGGUCCCGUGUACAGUUGAAGGAAAGGUCUCGUGUACAGUUGAAGAAGCGGUGACCUGUGCUGUUGAAGAAGCGGUGACCUGUGCUGUUGAAGAAGAGGUCCCGUGCUCUGUUGAAGAAGAGGUCCUGUGCUCUGUUGAAGAAGAGGUCCUGUGCUCUGUUGAAGAGGCCUGUUUGACAGACAUCUGCACAGAUCCAAAUGAGCCAAGUGGUGAUGACAAAGUCACUCGUGCCAGAUAUCUCAGCAGUACGACAGUAGAGGAAAUGGUCCAGAAUGAAUCGUUGCCGCUUCCUUGUAGGGUGCUUCUUCAUGAACAAAUAAUUGAAGCUUCCUCAGAGAAAGAAAUGGGAGACUUUGCCCUACAGGAUGAGGCGAUACAUAACCAGAAUAACUCUGAGACUGAAGACGAGACCUCAUCUCUUCAUGAAGACAGCUCAUCUUGUCACGAGGAUGAACUUUUUGCUCUGCCAUCUCGCACGGAGCCACAAGCCUACACAGUUCCCUGUCCAGAUUUGAGUCACCUGGUUGAAGAGGUAACCUGUCUUGUCGGAGAGAUCUGUCUGACGGACGUCUGCAGAGACUCACGGCAUGAAGGCAAAAGGGAGGAGAGCGAGCAGCUGGUGCCUACACCCCCUGAUGAAAAUGAGGAUUUCAGCGAAGGUGUGCUUGAGGAAGAAAUGUCCCCUUAUGCUGAUGACAGUUUUGAGGCCCAGCUGUCACAGAUAACUCACCUCUCUCUGAUAAUCAAUGAUGACUCAGCUGAUAUUGUGCUAGUUGAGCAGCAGCCAGAGGAGUAACCACCCUCGGAUCCCUUCAUUUGCCUUAUCGGCAACAUUCUAUCAACUGCAUAUGCCUUAAGUUACAACAGGUUCAAGUUCUGUUUGUUUUUUUGUUAGUUUUUUUUCCUUUGCUGCGUCAAUGGCAGUUUUGAUUUGUUUAGAUUGACCUGGCAGGUCAUCGUUGUCCUUCGGCCCAGUGGCUCAUUUCAUUGUUCCUGUUGGAAAAACAACCUUAUGGUUAAAAGUGGCUUUGUACAGUAAUGGCUGUAAUACCUCCCGAGUUUGCCAGUGUCCACGUGCUUAGCCAGUGUUACUUGAUCUGUUGUGAUUAACUGCCACAUCAUUAUUUUGGAAAUUACUGAAUCUUUUGUUUAAAAAGCUAUAAAUGGCAGAUUUGAAUGGUUGUCUGGUGAAAUGCAGUUUUGUGUGGAUACAUGCAUGCCUUUAAGAAAUAUUUAUGUUGGCACAAUAAAUAUUCCAGAUUUAUGGA